GUUGAAUCCGCAACUCAAAGGUUGGCCCAUUCAAAAUGCUCUCUUUUGCAAACGGUGUAACGAGUAGUUUCUACCAUAACGACCUGCAACAACCCGGCGCGUUUCCUUUACGAGCGCCCUCAGUCGCACUGAUUCAUCUCCCGUCCGUCUCGCCCGAACUUCGCACAACAACUAGACUUGAACGACGGAAUUCUUCUAGCGCUGUGCCGAGACCCAGCAGCCGACUUCUCAGAUAGUGCAAGCUUGUGCAACCGUGCUCGUCCGAGUCUGCCAGCGUAAACCUCGUGCUCAUUGCGUUAUCUGCUCGAGGGCCCUUUCCUCAAGCAGCAAAGUGAUGAAUCUACCUAUCCAUAUCACACGCGCCAGGCUUUGAGCCUGGUUUCGAUACUCGUUUGGGUUGCCGAGCCGAGGUAACAAGACGCCGCCAACGUUUCGUUGCAACUAGUCAGCUAUUACUGCCAAGCAUACUAUGGCAAGCUGGGUGACAGGGCUAUGCUGCCUCCUCGCGGCUUUGCAAGCAGGCGAGACGUGGGCUCGACCUGUCUCGCUAUCAAGUGACUCCAGCUUGGAAGUUACUCGCCAUCAUGCGCGGGAAGCUAUUGGCAGCAGUGGCGAGGGCGGGUUAACCUCCGCGUGGGCGGCCUUCGUGGCAUUUGUUAGCGGCGGCCGCGCCACCGCCUCCGCUCGGUCCGGGCUAGGAGACGGCACUACCUGUGCCUGUUCGGUCUGCGUGCGCAUCACCCUGCGUGCCAUGACGUUGUCGCCCCAGCAGCAGCAGCAGCCGGAGCAGCUGGGUGGCAGCGGCACUGGCAGCGCCCGCCUGGACUCUGGCUCGUGCGGCCGCGUGCAGCGACUGCUGGUGUCCGACCUGACGCAGGCGGCCGCGCACUUGGGCAUCCACGUCACACAGCCCUUCGCGCCGGCCGCCUGCGAGCUGGAGCCGGACCAGGUCGCGGCGGCGGCUGGGCAGCAGGGGGCAGCGCAAGCUGGCGGCGGUGCUGCUGCCCGUGUGGUGUCGGCGGUGUCUGUGUGCGGGCGGGUGCAGGAGGGCCCUGCCGCCAGCUCGGCUCUGGCACUGCACCUGCAGGAGGCGGCGGCGCGCUACUACGCCGCGGCGGAGCUGGCGGAGCAGGACUUGUACACAUGCCCGCCCGCCAUGGCGGGCAUGUCGGUGUCGGUGGACCUCGUACGGCAGGUGGUGCCGCUGGCCCAGCAGCCCGCGGGCGCACAGGGCGAGGGGGGCGCCGGAGCCCACGCACACGCGCGCCACCUGCUGGCCGCCCGGGCGGAGGAGGAGGCCGAGUGCGUCACAACGGUGCACGAGUUGUCCUGCAUGCGCCGGAAGCAGCACAAGCUGUGAGACAGGCGCCGGCCACACCGUAGCAGCAGACGCCCAACACUUGACACGGCGUUGUGGCGUAAGCGGCAUGCGGCCCGCCAUGGUGCGUGGUGUGCUGCGGCUGUCUCGGAAGCGGCCGGGCUUAGUCCCUGGCUUAGAUGGCCAUCGUUAGAAGAGUAUGAUGAUCGCCUCAGGUGCUUAAGCGGCGGCUUGACAGUAUUUUAUUUUUGGCAUGAAUUAUAGACCCCAUGCAGGUAGACGGCUCAUGGGGCCGUCACAUGCGCAACGCAGCAUGAUGCGGAAACUUAAUCUCGCUAUGCAUUCCGCAUUGGAACGUGCAGGAGGACAGAGCGUUGGUAGCCUAAUAGCUGCACACGCGGCCGGUGAUUCAGUGCUGUGGCACCUUGAUUAGCGGCUGGCAGAUGGCUGUUGUUUUUAUGAAGCGCUGCUGGCUAUGCGGUGGCAGCUGUGCACAUUUUGCUGUUGGAAUGGGAUGUAUGCGUCUGUAUGGUUGCGGGAUGUCUCAAGUAUCGAUGAUGUAGUAUGUACGGAUGGGCGGUGGCUGGAUGACGGAUGGGCGCUGCACGAGUUGGCUAGGUGCGGAAUUAUGAGGUGGUAGUUGUCCUACUAGUGCGGCAGGCCGAGUGCAUGUGACGUGUGUGUGACGUGUGGGCGGCUGCCGACUGCGAGGCGCGCGGCACCAAGCGCUGCCCCGAGCCAUGUGGGUGCCGGUUCUGGUAGGCUUGGGCACCCUACGGCCGGCACUUUGAGCCAAUGCGUGCGUGGAAGGCCUCGGCUGACUUGUACCUGACUGGUCGUUCUGGCGGUCUGUCUAUGGCUUGAAUGCUUGAUCACCCAUAGAACUGUGGCGAUUGGUCUGGCGCGAGGACGCUGCCCAUCUAAGUGGGGGUUAACUUUGAACCAAUCCCGUAAGGAAACAGUCCCCCAUCUAAGUGGGGGCACUUGUUGUAUCGCGGGCUUCUACUGAGCCGCUACACAUCAAUCACUCUGUCGGGUGAUCUGACAACUAUCUGAUACGACUUUUAUACCGCGCCGGGCGAUAUAACAGCCGGCGCGCGAGUUGAGACGGGGUAGCCCAUGCUGCCUUUGAGAGGGAGAGUCACUGUUCAUGUCGUCAACGGGGCAUGGCGGCCCACCUUGUAACCGUCACAAACG